AUCAGCAGGACACUGGACCGGAAGCAGGACGCCGUGGACCGGAACCAGGACGCCGUGUUUUUUUCCCCAAUGCAUGAAAACAACACAGUGGAUGCGCAGAGCAGCUUCCUGCUCCGGAUAACGACACGCUGCUGUUUCCACUUCACCCCACGCUCAGUAUUCCCCUGGAGCGGUCGGAGCUGCUACUGCACGUCAACUGAAAACCCGGAGCUCUCGUCAUCACAGACGCCCGGUGCUCCGAUGACACGAUGAAGGCAGCGAGAAACAACAUGUUGGGCGCUGGAAUAACCAACGCCAAGGUCAAGUAUUCACGUCUGGCUGCCGACGAGGACGGUUACAUCGACCUACAGUUCAAGAAGAGUCCGCCGAAGGUCCCGUACAAGGCGAUCGCACUGGCGAUAUUCCUGUUUCUGAUCGGCUCCUUGCUGAUCGUCUUCGGGGCCCUUCUUCUGUCGGGAACCAUCAAGGUCGAGCAUCCGGACCGCACCAUUCCCGUCAUCAUCAUCGGGAUGCUCGUCUUCCUCCCUGGAUUCUACCACUUAAGAAUCGCCUACUACGCCGCCAAGGGUUACCGGGGUUACUCCUACGACGACAUCCCAGAUUUCGGCGACUGAAUGUAAAAAAAAAUUAUCAAAAAUGACUGAUUGGUGGAGAGUUCCCCCUUCGUCUGCCACACUGUAUUUCCUGAGACGGUCGCCUGCUGUUUACUUUGAUUUUUCUGAAUGUCUGUAGCAAAAAAAAAAAUGAUUAUAGCUGUUUUGUAGAUUUUCUAUAACCGUCUCAUUCAUUGUCGUACAGGCGUUGAGAGUUCCCGCGUCACUGACGCGUGGUGAGUGGAGGACGCCGCGACGGCUCGGCUGCAUUUCGCUGCUAUCAAAAACCUGCCACUUCAUCCGGGACAUGAUAGAAAACCUGGGAUGAGUGACGAGACCGUCCACACAGGUGCCUUUAGCUUUACUACUGCUAGACUGAGAAUCAUAUUGCACAGUUGCACAGUGUAUCUUUAAAACAAAAUAUUUAUUUAUUUUAUGAAUUUAUUCUGUAUUUAAAUCAUAUGAAGCUCGGGGGAGGGCUGUAUUAUUUCCCCCGAUAGAUUGUAUAUUUGCUGUUCUAUAUCCAAAGAAGGUCGCGUUGUUUAAAAAAUGUCAGAACGUGUUUAUUUUUGUUUUUGUUUUUUACAUCCAUUUGCUUUCAUUAGAAAAAUAAAGAAAAAAAUGAAAUCUGAA